CAUCCUCAAUUGCCUCCGUCAAUAUUGAGAGAGAGAGUAUUGUCAAAAAAAAUAUUGAGAGAGAGAGAGAGAGGAGGGAGGAGAGAGAAACAAAGAGAGAUAGAGGUUGAUUCUAUCUUUGACUCUAGCUCCAUGAUUGAGAGAGAUAGGGUUCGAAGGUGUCAAGAUUAAGUCUUUGUUUGUGUAAAAGAUCGACAACAAGAACAAAACAGAACUAGAUCGAGAGAGAGAGAGGGGUGGUAGCAAAUAGAUCGAACAGGUUGAAUGUGGAACGCAAGAGGGAAUGGGAAUGGUAAUCGCAUCGGAAAUGGAAACGUUGAUCAUAACGGUGGAGAAAAGAGGGAUGAAUCUGUAACGGUGGCAAUAGACAAGGACAAGAGCAGCCAAUAUGCUCUCAAAUGGGCUGUUGAUAAUCUCCUCUCCAAAGGCCAAACCGUCACCCUCAUCCAUGUCAAGCAAAGGCCUGCCUCCAUCCCCACACCAAUGGGAAAUCAUGUUGCUGUGUCUGAUGUAAACGAUGGAGUUGCAAAAGCUUUCAAAACCCAAGUCGACAAUCAAGCCAAGGAAUUGUUCCUCCCCUUCCGUGCUUUCUGUACGCGAAAGGAUAUAAAAUGUAAUGAAGUCAUAAUGGAGGACAUGGAUAUAGCAAAAGUCAUAUGCGAUUUUGUGAAGGCCAACUUGAUUGAGGCUCUGGUUGUCGGUGCCUCCUCCAGAAAUAGCUUUGUCAAAAGAUUCAAGGCCACAGAUGUUCCCACCAGUCUUUCGAAGGGGGCACCAGAAUUCUGCAGUGUCUAUGUCAUCUCCAAAGGCAAAAUUUCAUCAGUGAGAUCUGCUACUGCCCCAGUCCCAAACCCACCGCCACGCCCGUUGCCAAACCAAAGCAUUCCCGUUAUUCCCACUCAAGUUAUUCCCACUCAAGUCGAUGCACGCCCAAUGCAAAACAACAGCACAAGAGCAGCUGAGAGGACACCAUUUGCACCUCGCAACCUGACUGACGACAUAGAGAUCAAGUCACCAUUCAACAGACAUAAAGCUUCAAACAAAUCCUAUGGGGACCUCUCCUUGUCAGAUACCGAUAUAUCAUUUGUGAGUUCCGGGAGACCAAGCACAGAACGCAUGCAACCCUAUCCUUCUGACAAUCAGGAAUUGGGUCCUCGGCUUUCCUACGGCUCAGACACAGACAACAGAAGCAGCUUUGGGUCCGCAUUCUCGGCAUCCAGAUCGCCUGAUCAUAAUUUUGCGCAUGGAUACUCAUCCGGCUCUGAAAGUGCCAGUAUGUCAUGGUCAUCAUCACAGAACCAGGAUGAAGUGGAAGCUGAGAUGAGAAGACUCAAGCAAGAACUCAAGCAGACAAUGGAGAUGUACAGCACAGCCUGCAAAGAAGCACUCACAGCAAAACAGAAGGCAAUGGAACUUCAUCGUUGGAAAAUUGAGGAGCAACAACGACUGGAACAGGCACAACUAGCUGAGGAAGCAGCAUUGGCAAUAGCAGAGAAAGAGAAAGCAAAAACUAAGGCUGCCAUUGAGGCAGCAGAAGCAGCUCAGAGGAUAGCUGAACUGGAAGCACAGAAAAGAAUGAAUGCUGAAAUGAAAGCACUCAAAGAAUCUGAAGAGAAGAAGAAGGUACUAGAUGUGUUGGCACAAAGUGACAUCAGGUAUCGUAAAUACACUAUAGAGGAGAUUGAAUCGGCAACAGAGAACUUCUCAAACUCCCGUAAAAUUGGGGAAGGAGGUUAUGGGCCAGUGUUCAAGUGUUUUUUGGAUCACACACCAGUUGCAGUAAAAGUUCUGCGUCCAGAUGCAGCACAAGGAAGAUCCCAGUUUCAGCAAGAGGUCGAAGUCCUAAGCUGCAUACGACAUCCAAACAUGGUUCUCCUCCUUGGAGCCUGCCCGGAGUACGGUUGCCUAGUCUACGAGUACAUGGCUAACGGUAGCUUAGAAGAUCGACUCUUCAGGAGAGGAAACACCCCAGUCCUUCCAUGGCAAAUAAGGUUCCGAAUCGCCGCUGAAAUCGGCACCGGCCUCCUUUUCCUCCACCAGACAAAGCCAGAGCCAUUGGUGCACCGUGACUUAAAACCCGCCAAUAUUCUGCUUGAUCGUAACUUCGUAAGCAAGAUUAGCGAUGUUGGCCUAGCCAGAUUGGUUCCACCAUCCGUUGCGAACAGCGUAACACAAUAUCGCAUGACGUCAACCGCUGGAACAUUCUGUUACAUAGACCCAGAGUACCAACAAACUGGCAUGCUUGGAAUAAAGUCUGACAUCUACUCACUUGGUAUUAUGCUGCUACAAAUGAUUACAGCCAAGCCCCCAAUGGGUCUGACGCAUCACGUUGAACGAGCAAUUGAGAGGGGUACUUUUGCUGAAAUGGUUGAUCAGUCAGUUACUGAUUGGCCACUAGAAGAUGCCAUGAAAUUUGCCAAGCUAGCUCUCAAGUGUGCAGAGCUGAGAAGGAAAGAUAGGCCCGAUCUCAAAACUGUUGUGUUACCUGAACUUAACCGGUUGAGAAUCCUAGCAGAAGAGAAUAUGCCUAGCAGUGUCAUGAUGAUGGGUACCGGUACUCCAAGGGUCUCACCAAGUCACAGCCAAGUUUCCGCAUCAUCUCAAGAGAUGAUGAGAAGCGACCCUUCGCAACAAAAAUCUGGCUAUGGACGUUCUCAGGGCCCUUUCAGUGCAUCAUAGACAUCAGAGGGGCAAUCAAUGCUGAAAUUUUAAAGAUAUCUCAGUGCACUGCUGCUCAAGGAGUUCAAAAGAAGUACAGAUUUAAACGUUACUUCUUCAGCAUAAAGCGGGAACUGUUUGCUGGUCUUGUCAAGUUCGUGAAGAUUUCCAAUUAUGAACUAACAAAGACUAAGAUGCCUGUAACUACAUUGUUUUUAAUAUUCUAACAACUUGAACUCUAAAGUUGUUUACCAUAGUCUUGUAUACACAGUGAAGUGUAAAGAAUCAAUAGCUUUGGGACUCAAAGAGGCCUUGUGUUUCAGAAAGAACUGAGAUUGUAGGGAGGCUUUGCAAAA